AUGAAUCCUCAAGUCCGCAUGUUGUUCUCUCAUUUCUCCGAAGCCGUAGCUCCCGUCAUGGUAGUCCUGGACAACGUCUCCAAUGGCUACCGCGACUUCAUCCUGCCAAUGGCGUGUGAAGACGAGGUGCUCAGGCGGGCGGUCGAGGUCGUGGCGGCACAGCACUUGAGUCACUCGAAGAGGCCCGACCUCCAGGCGGCUGCCGAGGCUGGCCGCGCCGCUGUUAUCUCGAGGCUGCGCCGGGAUGCGAUGCAGGCGCCGCAAGAACAGGUAUUCAACGUCUUCACGUGGGCUACGCUGAUCGUGCUGCUGGUCGGCGAGACGGUGACAGGGAGCUCCGAGUACGGCUAUCUGGUCCAGAUGCUCCUGUGUCUUUCGAGAAACAGCGCUGGAGCGGCACAUGCUUCGAUGCUAAACAACUUUCUGACACAGCAAACGCACAUGUUCGAGUUUCUCGCUCAGCCGCUUCUUGGAGAGACCAGUGUGAUAGCCGAUCCUCUCCAGUACCUCGACUGGCUCGCGUACGAGUUGCCGUCGGGGUCAGAGGAGGAGGCCACCAUUUCCGUCACGCGAGAAGCAUUUCUUGAAGCUUCAAAGCUCUACUUCAACAGAACGCGAUCAGAAGAGGACUUGCAGGAAUCCCUUCGAAACCUCAAAGCACUGCUUUCCAAGAUACCUCACGACGCGCCUGGUGCUCACGCCCUUGUCUGGGUAUGCUUCCUUGGCGCGGUCGAGAGCACAGACGAGGAGAGCAGAAGCGUCUUCACAGAGCGCAUGGCCCGCGUUUACGCCAAGACGGGCUUCCGUAACAUUCCCGCCGCCAUCCAGUCCUUGGAGCGGAUAUGGGCACGGAAAGAUUCCAGCAGCCGGAUGGCGAGCUUGCCGGAAGCCUCGCCUGUGCUCGUUAUGUGA